AUGUUCAAAACAAAUGUAAUAGACUCUAGUCGCUACUCAACAUUAAUUGAUGAGAGACUUAAAAUCAAAUCAAAAGAAAGGAUGCGUCCUAAAGACUUGUUUUCGGACCCUUAUUAUCAAAAAUCUGAUUCCGAAAAAAAUUAUAUUGACACAAUUUCAGAAAACACAUGUAAAAAUAUGUUAAAAAAUGUAUGGAGUCAUAAUAAUGAAGGGGUAAAGGGUGAUCUCCAUGAAAAUCCGUGUAUAGGUAAUAAAUUAUAUAAUUAUGAAAAUAAUUUUUAUGAUAAAAAAAUUAAUUACAAAAAAGAGAUUGCCGAACAAAAACUAGAGAACAAACUCGAAAAAUUUAUUAAAAAUACUUCUCCAAGUAAGCAGAAACUAUUUAGAGAAUUUUCGACUGGAAUUGUACUAGGAGAUGAGGAUAAUUCAAGAGAGAAAAUGAUGCAUCACAUUUCCAAUACUCUGAACAAUCAAAGUAACGAAGAGAAAGACAAUAUUGGGAAUUUUAAGUUAAUCUAUCCCUAUUAUUCUAAUAUUUUCAAUGAUGAAAAUCUUAAUAUUCAUACUGAGCUAAGUAAAAAAUUCUUACUCAAAGGGCCAAGAAUGAGUAAUUUUGGCAUUGGAGAUGAAUGUGUUGCAAUGUUAUUAACACCUGACACGCUCAAAUACUAUAGAUUUGAUAGAGAAACUAAAACUUAUAAAGCCAUUAAAGAUUCGAGCAAAAAUUUUGUUGCUGAAGAAUAUAAUUUAGACAAUGUGAUACCAGUAUUCACCCCAUUACAAAAAAAUUUGAGUUCAAAACUACAUGGAAGCGACUUUUACAAUAAAGCAGCUAUUAGAAGUUCAGAGACAGUAUUCACAAUUAGAUUCCGUCUAAUAAAUAUUAGUUCCGAAAUUAAUGAAAAGGCAAUACAAAAUACUGCUGCAAACUGUGGUGCGUUUGCCUAUCAAAUAAUAUUUGAAUUUGAUCCAAUUAAGUGGAGUUCUAAAGGUACUGCAACAGGAAUGCUCAGAUAUUCCGGAGAUAGUUUAGACAUUUUUAAAAACAAAUUACUUGAAAUCUUCAAUAUUAAAGUCGAGAUUCUUAGUAGAAUUCAAGAAGAUUUAAUAUAA